AUGUCUGGAAGAGACAAGAAUCCACCAACCUCAUACUUGGAACAAGAACAGAAGGGAGAUGUUAAGCAAUAUCAACAUGAGCUGCAUAUCCAAGCAUUAUCUGAGGAUUCUAUCACCAUGAGACCACCUCAGUCUGAGAAGGCAAGUAGCACAGAGGAGGUGCAGCAUAAAGGACAAGAGGACUUGAACCCCACCCAUAACAGGAGGAAGCAUAUGGAUCUGGAACUACUACAGAAUACAACCCAGGCAGAGAAGAACUUGAUGCUAAGAACCUUUCCAGAAGUACAUAUGAAGCAGGAAGGAGAGAUUGUUUACCACACACCAUCAUUGAAAAGUGAGAAUUUGUUGCAAAAUUUCACAAACCUACUACUAUUUCAAAAAUUUUGCCCUGGAGGCUCCGAGAACUUGGUCAGGAAAAGCUGGCAUCCAUGUGUACCAGAAGAAGGAGGACAUGUGAUUGAGAUCCAAGACUUAUUUGGCCCAAAUAUAGGUACUCAGAGAAUGCCUCAAUUAGUCAUAAUAGAGGGAGCUGCUGGGAUUGGGAAGUCAACACUGGUCAGGCAGGUGAGGAGAGCCUGGAAGGAAGGUCAGCUCUACAGGGAUCGCUUCCAGCAUGUCUUCUUCUUCAGCUGCAGAGAGCUGGCCCAGUGCAAGCAGCUGAGUCUGGCUGAGCUCAUAGCACAAGGCCAGGAAGUGCCCACAGCUCCCAUCAGGCAGAUCCUGUUUCACCCUGAGAAGCUGCUAUUCAUCCUGGAUGGCAUAGAUGAGCCAGCAUGGGUCUUGGAGGAGCAGAAUCCUGAGCUGUGUCUGCAUUGGAGUCAAACACAGCCUGUGCACACACUGCUGGGCAGUUUAUUAGGGAAAUCUAUCUUUCCUGAGGCUUCUUUCCUGAUCACAGCUCGGACCACAGCUCUGCAGAAACUCAUUCCUUCCCUGGGGCAGCCAUGUUGGGUGGAAGUCCUAGGCUUCACUGAGUUUGAACGGGAAGACUACUUCUACAAAUAUUUUCCAAAGGAAAGAGAUGCAAUUACUGCUUUUAGAUUGGUUGAAUCUAACCCAGUGCUCCUGACUUUGUGUGAGGUUCCCUGGGUGUGCUGGCUGGUUUGCAUUUGCCUGAAAAGGCAGAUGGAGCAGAGGAGAGAUCUCUCACUGACUUCACAGACCACCACAGCCCUCUGCUUGAAAUACCUUUCCCUGACAAUCCCAGGUCAGCACCUGGGGACCCAGCUCAGAGCCCUUUGUUCACUGGCUGCUAAGGGGAUCUGCCAAAGAAGGACCCUGUUCAGUGAAAGUGACCUCUGUAACCAAGGGUUAGCAGAGGAUGCCAUUGCCACUUUCCUGAAGAUUGGUGUCCUUCAAAAACAGCCCAGCUCUCUUCUGAGCUACAGUUUUGCCCACUUGUGUCUCCAGGAGUUCUUUGCAGCAAUGUCCUACAUCUUACAAGAGAGUGAGCAAAGACAUGGUGCUAUGGAAGAUGACAGAAUUAUGGAAACACUGGUAGAACAGUAUGGAAAAGAAAACCUGUUUGAGGCACCCACUGUGCGCUUUCUAUUUGGUCUUUUGACUGAAGAGGGAUUGAAAGAAAUGGGAAAGUUUGUUUCCUGCAGCCAUCCUUGGAGGGCAAUGUUGAAACUACAGAACAUCCUAGAGAAAUCCCAACCCCAUCAACCGCCUUCUCUGGGUUUGCUCCACUGUCUAUAUGAAAAUCAGGAAAAGAAGCUCCUGACACAAGUGAUGCAUGAUCUUCAAGAAACAAUAGUGCCUGACCAAAAUGACAUUGCACACACAGUGUUCCAGACAAAUGUGAAGCACCUGGUGAUACAGACAGACAUGGAGCUCAUGGUGGUCACUUUCUGCAUUCAGUUCUGUUGUCAUCUGAGGAGUCUUCAGCUGAAUGUGGCAAGACAGAAAGGAUAUAAGCUGACAGCCCCAAGGAUGGUUCUGUACAGAUGGACCCCAACCACCAAUGCCAGCUGGAAGAUUUUCUUCUCCAAUCUUAAAUUAAUCAGAACACUGGAGGAACUGGACCUAAGUGGAAAUCCACUGAGUUACUCUACAGUGCAAUGUCUCUGUUCAAUUCUGACACAACCUGGCUUCCAACUAAAGACCUUGUGGCUUGUUGACUGUGGCCUCACAUCUACAUACGGCUCACUCCUGGCUUUAGCACUCAGUGCCCACUCCAGCCUGACUGCGGCAGACCUUCAGCUGAAUGAUCUGGGUGACUACGGAGUGAAGCUGCUGUGUGAGGGGCUCAGGAAUCGUGGCUGCAACCUCAGCAUCUUGCGGCUGGACCAGGACUCACUUAGUGACCAGGUUAUUACAGAGCUCAGGGCUCUGGAGGCAAAGAAUCCAAAGCUGCUCAUCUCCAGCACAUGGAAGCCACAUGUGAUGGUCCCUAAUAGGAACAUGGAUAAAGAAGAAAAGGGUAAUAGCUCAACUUCAUUCAAGAAGCAGAGGCAACAGUCAGGAGAUAAACCCAUGGAACCUCUGGGGACUAAGGAUGACUUCUGGGGCCCAACAGGACCUGUGGUUGCUGAAGUGGUUGACACAGAGAGGAACAUGUACCAAGUUCAAUUGCCUGUGGCUGGUUCCUACCACUGUCCCAGCACAGGACUCCACUUUGUGGUGACAAGAGCAGUGACAAUUGAGAUUAAAUUCUGUGCUUGGAGCCAAUACCUGGACAAGACUUCCUUGCAACACAGUCACAUGGUGGCUGGACCUCUAUUUGACAUCAAAGCUGAGCAAGGAGCUGUGACUGCAGUGUACCUCCCUCAUUUUGUGUGUCUCCAAGUGGGAAUGGUAGACAGCUCCUUGUUCCAUGUUGCUCACUUUCAAGAACAUGGGAUGGUCCUAGAAACCCCAGCAAGAGUGGAAGAGCAUUAUGCAGUACUGGAAAACCCAAGCUUCUCCCCAAUGGGAGUUCUACUGAGAUUGAUUCCUGCUGUGGGACAAUUCAUCCCCAUCACUUCCAUCACACUGAUUUACUAUCACCUCCAUCUCCAGGACGUCACCUUUCACCUUUACCUGAUUCCCGAUGACUGCACUAUUCGGAAGGCCAUUGAUGAUGAAGAAAUGAAGUUUCAGUUUGUGCGCAUAAACAAGCCACCCCCAUUAGAUGCUCUUUAUGUUGGUUCCCGCUAUAUCGUGUCUGGCUCCAAAAAGGUGGAAAUUAUCCCAAAGGAACUAGAGCUGUGCUACCGAAGCCCCGGGGAAUCCCAACUCUUCUCUGAGAUCUACGUUGGACACAUGGGCUCGGGGAUUAAGCUACAAAUCAGAGACAAAAGGCACAUGAAUCUGAUAUGGGAGGCCUUUCUGAAACCAGGUGACUUCAGACCUGCACUGCCCAGGACUGCUCCAUCCUCCAAAGAUGCUCCUUCCUUGAUACAUUUCAUGGACCAGCAUCGGGAGCAGCUGGUGACCCGAGUGACAUCAGUGGAUCCUCUCUUGGACAAGCUGCAUAGUCUGGUGCUAAGUGAAGAAUCAUAUGAGGCAGUGCGGGCUGAGACCACAAACCAAGACAAGAUGAGGAAGCUCUUCAGCCUCAGCCAGUCCUGGAGUCAAGCCUGCAAAGACCAAUUCUACCAAGCUCUGAAGGAGACCCAUCCUCACCUGAUCAUGGACCUCCUUGAGAAGUCAGGUGGGGUCUCUUUGGGAUCCUGA